GUGCUCAGCGACCUCCUCAAGCCAGGUCUCUCGGAGAUUGUAAGUACACUGCAAUCGACACGGAAAUAUGUUUGCGGCAAAUUCGCGGGCGGGCUUGCGCUCCCUUGCGAGCAGCCCGCUUGCUCUAGUUGCGUCAAAAACAUGCGUCCGCACUGUAAUGAGAAGGCUACAGACGCGAACCCGCGCUGCCAUCUGCACGAAACGCCUCGCAACCCGCACGUCCACUGCCCCGAGCACCAUGUCGUCAACGGGGAUCGGCCCCUCUAUAGAGGCGAACAUAAAGUACGCGGAGUAGUAUGA